UGUUAGAUGUUGCUUUCUUUCGUGAAACUCGAUGGAAGACGACAAUCUAGAAGCGCCCGUGAUGUUACAGAACGCCAAAAGGCGUAUUCGCGAAUUAGAACGUCAAUUGACGACAAAAGAGAAUGAGUUGCGGAGAUAUCGAUUUCAGAUCCGCAGUCUGAGACGAGGAGACCGCUCUGGUAGACAUUACAGGGAGCGACGCAUGGCCAGAGGUGAUCUGUUUAGACAGCGCAGCGUGAUGACAGACCAGGAAGAAGAAGAUGCUUCUACUAUGUUUCCACCUAGACCACUCGGCUGCUUUGCCAUGCUGCAAGUCACCGCCCUACAUCAUGAAAAUUUGCCACCAUCGACGCCCCAUACUCCCUUGUCAGCCAGUGAUGACCCUCCUCCACCAGCAAGUGAACGUCAACUGCCUCUACCCGUUCAGCGUCUGAAGAACAUUAGAUUUCGUGUUGGACCUGAAGGAGCUGUAAUAGGAUUCGGCCGAGACUGCGGCAUUCGACUUCCAAAAGAAUCGGGCAUCUCUAAUCAUCACAUUAGAAUUGAAUGGUGUCCUGCUGACCCGUGCUGUCAACUUGUAUCAGACGUGGAGCCUCACGGUAUAAGUAUAGUCGUACCCAGUGACGACGCACAGUCAAAUGAAUCAUGCAGCUCUUUCCUCUGGGAUAAAGGCUAUUUUAAAUUAAUUGAUAUCAGUGGUGAUACCAAAGUCUUUACUGCCAGUGGAGAUGUCUUGUCACAUCUUGAACUGGAAUCGGAUAGUGCAACCACGCCACCUCCCUAUAGUUACCAACUGGAAUGUCUUGGACGUUUCAUAACAAUGAGUCUUGAGUGGACAAUCAAACCACUGCCCAUCUGUCACUACAUUAGUGCCAAAAUGUUUGCUGCUGUUAAGAAUGGCGAUGUUGAUUUUUUAGAGAAAGUAGUUGCAGAGGCUGAAAAAUAUGGUGUCUGUGUGGGCGGCAGUAGCAAGAAUUAUAGCCGCACACCAUCACUUGGUCCUGGGAAUCCUAUUGAUUUCAAUGCUGAAGAAGACCUCAGUAGUGAUGAGGAGACAAUUGAGCCGAUGAAUUCGUACGUGUAUGCAGGGUUGUGUCGUAUUCCCAGUCGGUCGAUAAUGUCUGGUGAGAGAGACAAACGGUCGCUGCUUCAUCUUGCAAUCGAGUGCAGGAAAAUAGAUGUGGUGAGAUUUCUCCUGAAGAAAGGAGCACAGGUAAAUAUGCAGAGCGGCACAGCAGAGCGCAGUGCACUCCAUUUAGCUGUUGAACAAGAUGACAGCGAGCUAGUGAAUGAAUUGCUAUCUUUUGGAGCCGAUCUCGAUAUCCUUGACAGCAACCUCAACCCAUCUCUAGCAUACGCACAGUCUUAUGCAGUUCGGAAGCUGCUUCUAUCAGCUAUGAUGUUGUGUGCUGUCUCUGAAGGAGGAGAUCUAGCCGAAGUGAAGCGACUAGUUGAGGUCGAACGUGUCAGCCCAAACGCAAUCGGCCUGAAACACAAAGCGGCUCUACAUCUCGCCAGUGCACGUGGUCAUGCAGACAUAGUGAAGUAUCUAAUCACACAAAAGGCUGAUGUGAAUUUGACUGGCGGGAGUCGUCGACGUACUCCCUUGCAUUAUGCCAGUGUGCACAAUCGGGUGGAGGUGGCUCGGUUGCUGACUGCUCCUGGUGUUGAAGCGAACGAAGAGUUGGUCGAUGCGGAUGGAAAUACGGCACUUAACUUGUCGAUGGGAGGUGAUAUGUGUCGACUUCUACACAAGAAACCUCUCUCUCUCUGUUUGGCAGCCCAAAGUGGCGAUUACUCCGAAGCUCUACGUAUCGUCGAGAAAUGGAGCGACACAAACAACGAAUCGGCAGGCAAAGAGAACAUGAUCGAUCAGAGAAACGAACAGAAUCACUCUGCACUUCAUCUCGCUUCAGCAGCAGGUCACGAGCAAUUGGUGCGGCUGUUAGUGAGCCAUGGUGCAAUGAUCAACCUUCUAGGUGGUGUGGAUGAAUGGACCCCUCUUUUCUUUAGUGCCCUUGCAGGACAUGUUGGAGUAACGGCAUUUCUGCUGUCCGUCGGAGCCAAUGCUGAGAUUGUUGAUAAAGCGGGCAUGACAGUCCAGGAUCACAUCCGCACGAUUCUCGAAGAGUCGAGACGAAAGCUGAAGACACUGAAGGCAAAACGUCGACCAAGCGGGACUGAAGAGGGGCAGAGUACGCAUAGUUCUCUCAAAGUUCCAGUGUCACUGCAACGUCAGGAAAGUGACUACUCACUUGACUCGCAAUUAAACUGGCUGAAAAGACGUAAGUCUUGCUUGAAAGCCAUCCUAGACAUAGUACACUCAAGUGCUCAGAAGAUGCUACAGGCAAUCAAUAGACGCAGUGCAAAGGACAUGAGAGAGCUGCUCGAGACGGGAAACAUAAACGUCAACUGCAGCCUCGAAAAGGACAGUUCCAGCACGGCACUGUUCUACGCGGCACGCAAGGAUUUGACUGAUGUCGUUGAAGUGCUCUUGCAGUUCAAGGCUGACCCAAACAUUGCUGGACAGGAUGGGUUGUAUCCUUUUCAUGUGGCGGCUCAGCACGGAUGUGUGGAUAUUUUGCAACUGCUGGUGGAUGCUGGAGUGGAUGUGAACAUCAGGACACAGUUUGACAAAAGAACUCCACUGUACGUCGCAGCAGCUUGCGGCCAAACUGAUUCCAUCAUAUUCCUCCUAAAGCACAACGCAACUCCUCUUCUCCCUGCUCUUAACGGCAGCACACCCUUUGACAUAACUGAAAAACUGGCCAUCAAAAAGCUUUUGGCAUCUGGUGAUCAGCGACUCCUGAUAGCAGCAUAUGAGGGUGAUGCAACAGAAGUGAAACGGCUGAUUGAAAUUGAGGGGAUAUCAGUGAUGACGACAUUUCACGAAGGACUGACGGCUUUGCAUGUGGCAUGCAAGGAGGACAAACUGGACGUUGCAAAAUUGCUCAUUGAUAAAGGAGCCGACGUCAACCAACAGGAUGGUUCCCGCAUGUUCACUCCUUUGCAUUGGGCGAGUCGGUUGAGGACUCCGUCUGUCGCUGAGUAUUUGCUGUCGCAUGGAGCUCAAGUUGGUGUGAAGGAUAGCACUGGAAAAACACCGUUUGAGAUCGCCAACUCAAACAGCAUGAGAAAACUCCUCGUCCAAUCAAGAAGCAUUCACGUCAGAAAACUGUCCGUUGACACAGUACCCGAUGAAGCCGAAGAUAUUAGAAGGUCAAUCAGAUGUCGUAUUUGUAUGUCCAACGACAUAAACACAAUCGUGUUGCCUUGUGGCCAUCAAGCGUUCUGCAGUGAUUGUGCCUGUAAGAUUCAGGUCUGCGCUCUCGACCGGCAGCCGAUUCAUGAGAUCGUCACAGUGUAUGCGUCGUAAAUAGACCAAUCGGUGUGAUGAGACGUUUUUAUGUCAUAUACAAUUUUACCUUUUUAGAAACAGUUAUGAGUGUUGGGUACGUUUUUGCAACUUGUAUUGUUUUGUGUAGAAAGGCUAUGGAUCAAUGUAGUCUGUUGAUUUUCAUGUAAUUGUAACCGGUUUGUAGUGUUGUUGGAGAUUGUGAUCUGUUUGCAAUAGUACCAAAUGUCAAGUGUG